UGAGGGGCUGGGACCACGCCGCCGCCUGCUCGCGGAGCUCGGGGCUAAGUGGCUCACCUGAGUGGAACUCGCCCCAGGCAGGCAGUCGAAAACUGGAGCUCGGAGCCCUGCCCCAGCUGGGCCCCUGGCAGGAACCCUCGCCCGAGCCAUGACGGGCUGGCCUCUUCUCUGCGCCCUGCUGCUGCCGCUGGCUUCGAAGUUGGAUGGCGUUGGAGGGAAUAACAUUUUCACAGCUAUUAUGAAGACUUCCAGUACUGACUUCUCCAGUAGAUCCCAACCCGACGCCACCUCCCCCACUGACAUCUCCCACCCCACUUACUCUCCCUCCUCCCCCAGUGUCACCCCCUCCUCCAUAACUUCCCACAGUAGCACCCCCUCCUCUGCUGGCAGCUCCAACAGUAUCAGUACCUCCCACAGUGUCAUCACUCCCACCAACACCCCCACGAAUAUCCCAUCCACGCCCUUCCAUAGUGUCACUCCCUCCCUCAGUGACUCUGUCUCCCAUACCUCCCCUACCAGUUACCCCACCCCCUCCCACAGUGGCUCCCCUUCCUCCACCAGCUCCCACAGCCACUCUACCUCUCACAAUAGCAGGCCCUUCUCUCCAACUCCCCCUGAGGGCUCCUCUCCAAGCUCAAGCAUCUCCUCCGGAGCUCCAACAGCUGCUACCGAUAGGACCCUCUCAACAACGAAGCUGGGGAUCAGUGCCAGUGCAGGAGGGAACCAGCGUAAUCCUGGUGUGGUCAUUGUGGUCUGUCUGUUCGUGUCCAUUCUGGUCCUGGGCUCUGUGGUGGUAGCUGUCAAAUGCUGCCGGAAGGACAUGAGAAGCUUUCAGAAGAUGGACGAGGUGCCCAUGGAAACUGUUCGAGAAGAGGCGCCCUUUGCUAGAUAUCCCCCUCAGUGACCACAGAGGGCAGUGGGAGAUGGAGAGGUGGGUUCUGAGGGGCUUUGGGAACAGCUCCUGCAUACUUGUGUCCUCUCCUUCCUCCCAGAUGGAUACUGAUGUCUGUCAUUGAAUAAAACAAAGAAUGA